AUGGAACAUAGGUUACAUUUUCUUGGUUCAUGCAACGGGUUGGUGUGUCUGUUUGAUAUCGAUGAAGGUUAUGUUAGAUUGUGGAACCCUUCAACCAAAUUCGAAUCCAAUAAAUCUCCAUACCUUAAUUUAUCAUUUGAUAAAUGGUCAAUAGCAUUUUACGGCUUCAGCUAUGACCAUGUUAAUGACAAGUACAAAGCGCUAGUAGAUGUACGUAUUAUCGGUAAUAUUGGUUAUGAAAAUGUGAGACUUUAUACUUUUGGGGAAAAUAAAAAGAUUCGUGUUCAAACUCUUAGAGGUGACUUUAAACAUUUGUUUAUGGAGGAGUUCGAGUCAAUUUCAAAUUAUUUUUUUCGAGUAUUUUCCGUAGUCAACCAACUUAAAAUAAAUGGUGAUGUUGAUGAGGUGAAAGUCAUGGAGAAAAUGAUUUGGAUGCAUGAUGGACUUGGAUAA